CGCUCACUCUUACGCCCGCACCACGAGAGCGAGCGAGACCUACAUGUUUGCGCGCUUGCUUCCCGCUGCGCGUGUCUGUUUGCCGUUAUGCGCGUUGCCGUGUUUGCUCCGCGCUCUCGUUGCGAUGUGACGUGUUCUUAUUUAUUUAGUUCAAGUAAGCGGAUUUUGUUAAAUAAACAAACAAGUACUGGAGCAAACAAUUUAAUAGUGAAUUUCCUUUGUCGAUCAAGAUCUAUUAUUCUUAAUAACUCUUUUGUGACAUAUUUUAAAGUUUUGCGAAUCUCGAUGCGAUUACGGCAAAGAGUAAACAUGUCAAAGAAGGAAGUGACUGCAGACACGACAGAAUCAAACAGGUUGACGAAUGUCGGUAGAUUUGUGGAUUCAAGUCAAGCUGAAGAUCGUAAAAUGAUUAGACUUGUGAAAGAAAGAAGAUUAUUGUAUGCACGAAAUAAUAUGCCCGUAGCCAGCUAUCAUACGCAAGUAAAACGACUUUGGGAGGAGGUUGCGAACGAAAUGGGAUGGAUAGUGCCAGAGGUUCGAAGGAAAUGGUCGCAUAUUCGUAAUUCGUAUUCCCGACAUUUGAGGAAUGAGAUGCAUGGUGCGCGCACGGGCAAAGGACGGAUGGUGUCGAAGUGGUACCUGGCUGAUGAACUAGAAUUCCUGCGAGAGCAUAUGGGUACUGAUACACGAGUUUCUCCUUACCCUACACCUGCGUCGACAUUUCUAGAACUGGACCUGACGGAAUCAUCAAGCACAGAAACAGUUGACGUCAAACCUUUCAUACAUAACCCUUGGCUUUCACUGAAUUCGACUCCGACGAAUUAUAAAGAACCAAAAGUCGAAAUACACGAUGACAGUUCUAAUUCACAAACGUUCGGUCCUGACGAAAAUUCAUCGUAUUUUCAAUUCUUUCGCGGCAUUUAUAAUGAUUAUCAAGAAUUAUCUGCAAGAAAACAGAGGCUAUUUAAACGUCAAUGUUUAAAUAAUCUUCAUGAUUUACUUGACGAAGAAGAAGAUGAACGAACCUCUUACCAGGGUGCUGUUAAUUUAUCAAAUGCGGGACACAGCGAGGAAGAAAGGGACAACAAAGACAGUUUUAGUAUUUUACCUAAUGUGUGACUUCUAGACCGACUCGGAUAUCUUACUCUUUGGUCGUAUGUCAAAUUAAUUAUGACAGUUUAUUAGCGCCCUUUAAACGUCAAAGUGUUGAGGGAUUUUUUCGUUCUAAAGUCAUUUUAUGUUUUUUAUGCCGUGAUAGAACCAACCAAUAGCAACUUCUAUGUUCAGAUUUCCUUAAUAGGUACUUUGAAUGGUGUUAAAUAAUGGUGAUUAUGAAUGUAUUUAAUUUGUUAAUAUCGCACAAUAGUUUUUUCCCGCGUUUCGCGCGGAAAUAAAAAAGAUUUAGUUAAAGUUUAUUUUAUAAGAAUGAAUAUCGAUGCCGUUUUUUGUUUUAUCUGUUUAUAGUAUAGGAUAUAUUAUCUGUUGUUAAUAAAGAUUAACAUUACUCAUUCGUGAGCUCUCUGGC